CGUUUGCGAGGAGACGUCUGUGGUGCGUGCGAAAGCGAGAUUUUUCCGUUCUCACUUUUUGACCGGACAAAACCCCGCAGGCGAGUCGUUCGUGUUGGGCGAUUCCAGUGCAAACAAACGUGGCAGCAGGCGGCGGCGUGUUUUGAUUCGAAACUGUGCACCGACUGCGGUUGUGGUGUUGGUGAAUAUCCUCCUGGAUCUAGUGAGCGGUGCGCUUAGAACGCCCAGUUGAAAGCGGACGCAUGGUUGCUGGUUGUGUCAUAUCGAUGCAGUCUCCCGUUCAGCAGGAAUAGAGAUACAACCACUAAUGAGACCCAUUGCGAAGAUGUUUCGGAUCUAGAUUGUGACCGAGUUCAAUUGAAAUUGGCAAGUGACUGGAAAGUGAACGCGAGACUUGAUUGAUAACACAAGUGUUUUGGAUGAUGCUUGUGCGAAAGCUUGCUGGAAACCAACCAACAACAAGUGUAGCGAAAGCAAUAACCGAAGACGAUUUCUGGAGCGGAAACUAACGACGAAAGCCGGCCAUUCAAGCACCAGGUGGCAAAAGAUCCCUAAUAGACCCUGCACUUUCCGCAGUGUACAAGUGUAUGUGUUCUGUAAGUUCUUCAAGCCGGAUAAAAUACGUGUCCCACGUGGAAUAGAAGCAGCGGCAGCCCCGAAAGGAUACGGCCCUUCGUGAUAGAUGAUAAUAAUUACAGCAACCAAGCCGAAAACUUUUAUCUGCUGUGUUGCGAAGUGGUGGUGCUGGAUUUGUUUUUGUCGGGCACGUUGCGGUGGAUUCUUCGAGAUUAGCGUAAAUCAGUUGGUGCCGCAUUAAAUCCUAGUAGGCAGUCUGUACAGCCGCAAUUUUACUCGGGUUUCAUCUAUACCGGGUGUGGAUUAGUAGGCCGGUUUAGUUAUGCUGUGUGUUGUGUAGCGAGGGUUAUGUCGUAAAAAACGGAAAUCAUUGCUUUGACCGGAAGAUCCGAAAGUGUACGUCUAUGUCAGGAAUUUAGGUGAACGUAAAGUGUACCAUAAAAUCGGUGAAUUACGGUGAUUCGGAAAGUGAGUUUUUGUAUCAAUAGAAUUUCCCCACCAGUACCAGGUGCAAGUGUGACCAAAAUAUAGUUUUCGGUUUGAAUCGAUUGGUGUAUUGGUGAGUCGUAGAUUCGAUACAAGCUGGGAAUAUUGAAACCAGCAAGACAUCGUUGGCUACAGCCACAAACCGGUAAAAAUAAGCUCUCAAGCAUCACCCGACGCGAGCCCCGUGGGGCUGCGCUUGGUCGGGGUUUUGCCGUGUGCAGUAUUUGCACCGAAAGCACCGAAAUCGUCUUCCCUGGCCGUACAUCGUCAAACAGUAGCACCGUACAGUAGCAGCAGCAACAUCUCGAAAGCGCUGUCCUCCUCCACCCAGCAGGUUACAUCGACGGCGACCACCACAAUUACGUCACCAUCGGAACCGGUCCCGAUCAGCAAAAGUGCGACAACGUGUCACUGUUCCGCUUCCAAUUCCGCCAUCAAUAACAGUCAAUCAAAGGCAGGCAACAGUACAGCACUAAAUCUACCAGCCCCGCUGCCACCGGUUCCACCGCGGCCACCGCGUGUACCACUUCCAAUCUUUACAGCGACCAAUCUAGCCAGCAUUAGACCGCUACCGAACCAGCCUCCCUGUUCGACAUCCUCCGGUGCAUUUUCGGUUACACCGGCGGUGGGAGCAACAAUCACCACAACGGUUCAUCAGCAUCACCAUCACUACAACAGCAACGUGGUUCCGCCUCCACCGCCACCAGUGCCACCGACUGCACUGAACCCGAUGUUGUUGGUUCCGUUCUCGGUCCCGGCCGGACUUGGGACGCCUACCAUUCCGGCGACUAAUCACCACCACCAUCACCAUCUGCAUCCGACGACGACGACCGGUUACGCGAACAGUGUGGGCAAGUUCUCGACUUCGACGGUACUGGAUGGCAAGAUGAAGCACGAAUCCAAACCUUUGAACUGGCAAACGACGACAGCGAUGGGGAUCACGCCGAAUGGAUACCCGGUGGUCUCCAAAGUGGACACUAGCAAAAUGUCGUCCUCGUACCACUGGCAUCUGCCCCCGACGGCGGCGAACAGUGGCGGCGGCGGAAACCUCGUCAAGCUGCCCUGGAAGACGUCGACGAUGACGACGACGACGACAACGGCGGCGGGGACGACGGUGCGGCAUCACGGUUCUAAUGAGAACUUAGGUGAGUCGCCAACUGAAUUUCGAAAUGCCUUUGCACCGAGAGAGUUCUACGAGAAACACGUCAAUCACUGGAGUGGACACCAGCAUUAUCACAUAUUUGUCGGUGAUCUCAGUCCGGAAAUCGAAACACAGACACUGAAAGAUGCCUUCGCUCCUUUUGGGGAUAUAUCAGAUUGCCGCGUGGUUCGUGAUCCACAGACGCUGAAAUCCAAAGGCUAUGGCUUUGUGUCGUUCGUGAAGAAAUCGGAAGCGGAAAAUGCAAUAGCUGCCAUGAACGGACAAUGGCUCGGAUCGAGAUCCAUCAGGACAAACUGGGCCACUAGGAAACCGCCUGCUACCAAGGCAGAAUUAAACGCCAAACCACUUACCUUCGACGAAGUGUACAAUCAAAGUAGCCCGACCAACUGCACCGUUUACUGCGGCGGUGUCGGCGGUACCCUAGCUGGCGGACUCAGUGAGGAAAUCCUGCAGAAGACUUUCUCCCCAUUCGGAACCAUUCAGGAGAUUCGUGUCUUCAAGGAUAAGGGUUAUGCGUUUGUAAGAUUUUCAACUAAGGAAGCAGCAACCCAUGCUAUCGUUGCUGUUCACAACUCGGAAAUCAAUGCCCAAACGGUCAAGUGCUCCUGGGGCAAGGAAAGUGGUGACCCGAACAAUGCUCCCUCCCUGGCCAGUCAAGCCUUGAGUCAGGCCGGUUUUCCAUUUAACACAGCCUACGGACAGCAGGUGGCCGGUUAUUGGUAUCCACCGGCACCGACCUAUCCCACUACGCCAGCACCGACUGCUGCUCCACUGCAGGGUCAGUUCCUCCAGGGUAUGCAGGGUUAUACCUAUGGACAGUUUGCUGGCUAUCAGCAGGGUUAUAUGGGAAUGGGCAUGCAACUGCCUGGAGCCUGGCCCGGUGUACCAACUCAGGCCCAGAUCCCUGCCACUGCUCAACAGCUCGCACAAGCCGGAGUCGGUGGAGCCCUUCCACAGACAGCCGGAGUAGUUGCCUAUCCGAUGCAACAAUUUCAGUUAGCUGACGAUGAAUGGCUAGCGCCAAGCCUACUGGUGUAGCUCCCUUGAUGGCCAUCGUCACUGUGUGGCUGUGUGCCACAGCACAAGUAGAGCUCCUUCCCGUCUGUACCCUUCUUCCAUCUAGCACCACUACCGCCACCACUACCACAACCAUCACCACACAACUAUCGCCAAUCAAUCGUCCAUGAAAAUGAAUUCGUACACAGCGAAAGCUUCACUUGAAGAAGACGCCGGUAUGUGUGUGUGUUGAUACUUUCGGUUCGUGGUGUAGAGGAAUUCCGCUGUCGUUCGUGGUGCGAGCAAAAAUGUAGCAUGCAAAUCAUAGAUGAAAGAAAAACAAAUGUUGAAGUAUUAUACAUACAGACAUGCAUUGAAAGUAAAAUUGUGGUAUUUCUACCAAAGAAGAAAAAAGAACAAAAAAAAACAACCCAAGGGUAUAUAUAUUAUGAUAUUAAUGGUAAGACACACACACAGACAUUUAGAUAGUAACAAUGAAAGCAGUAGCGAUAGUGAUGUUUGUAUAUAACUACAAAGUAAAGAAAAGUUAAAUUAAACAUACUUACAAAGCAAAACAGUAAAUGAUAUCAUUCUUAGCCAGGGGUGAGUAGUAGACAUGUAAAGGGUGAAGCAAAUUAGAAAGUUAAUAAAUAACACAUGCACAUGCAGCUCUAAAUCGUCCAAAUGCAAAAUGGGGGAAGUGAACGGAAGGAGUAUUACUGUGUUUUGAACGAUAGCGUUCCGCUGGUCGGUAGACAGUGGGCCCCGUAGUUACCUAGCAGCAUAAUCAAAGCAAACCGUUGGAUUACCAAACUAAGUUGCCAUGGUUGGUUCUAUUGAGAAAAGUUUUUAAACUCCUCCCAGGACAGUAAUCAAGAUUGAAGUAUUAAUCCGCUGAUUUCAAAUUUCGAGUCACUCUAUUUUCGAAGGUUUUUAAUGGCGUUUUGUAUGUAAUCAGAACGUGUCGCGUUAUUUACAGUUUGACUCAGAAUCUCAAAAGGUCAAAACAGUGCAAUACACCGUAUUCGAAAACAAUCAGUUUCUACAUUUUUUUUUGUAUUACGUUUUUGCCAAUCAAGACAACCAGACAUAGGACACAUUGCGAUACCAAUUUUCACCUUUAACCAAAUAAAACAACAACAAAAUCGUUUGAUUAAAACCUAAGCUUGACCUACUCACAUACAUAGAAAAAAAAAUACACUUCUAUAAUACACUCUUAUACAUAUACAACCAAAAAAGCAACAUAGAUAGGAAUUAUUUUAAACGAAUACUUGUGAGAAUAAAACAAAAUACAAAUUUACCAGACAAACGGGGAAGCAAAUCAGUUUGAUCCCUCUAUUUCUAGUCGAACAGACAAACACACACACACAUAGACACAAUAGCUGAUGAGGAUUGUUCAUAGCUAAACCAAGUAUGUUAUUUUUAAUAAUAAAAAAUGGGCCCCUAGAUUCCCAGCUAAAAAAAAGUUAGUGAAUAGACAAGUAUUAAUAAAACUGAAGAAACAAGCAAAACUAAAUAUUGAAAGAAAUGUGAAGCAAAUCAAGUUUAAUCAACACAACAUUAAACACACUCACACAUAAAACCACGAAGCAAUUACCUAGAGGAAAGAAAAAAAGUGAAACAAUUAAAUCUAAAGGAAGCAAAACAACCAAACAUAUGUUUGAAGCAUAUAGUAACUUGAAUUACAAAUAUUGUGAAGUAAAAGUAUAUAACUUUGAAAACAACCAUGACGGUAAACCCCAAGCUAACCUAGUAGUCAAUGAAAACUUAACCAAGUAGGCGGUAAACGCACAUGAUUUUAGUGUUUCUUUCGUUGAACCCGUUUGUUAUACACUUGCGACCUAGAAAAAAGCAACGGUGAGAUGAUUGAUUUUAAGUUUCGUCAAAUUGUUAGAGACCACCCUGCUCUGCCUCCCCUCUUAUUCCCAAGUUCAUCCCCCUCCCUUAAUUGGGUUGUUAGUACGUUCUUCAGCUUUUUACUCGCGGAAAAAAUGUGAUAGAAGAACAACGGUUCGCGGUGUGUAAUAGUGGUGACACUAGUAGCGGACUAGCCGUCGUAGUAGUAAUUGACAAACUGUCACUUUUUUUGGUUCUGUCAAUUUUGACAGGCGAACCGUUCCUUGGUUUACAAGUCGUUUUGUAUGUUUAAAGUUGCUAACCAGAGUAGAUCGUUAUUUCCCAUUCCUUUUCCCACGCUCUCAUCCAGCUAAACUCCCUCGAAAGCCAAGUAUCAUUCUAUACCUGAAACUUGUACAUCUCUGUAGUUUAUCGAAAAUGCGAAUCUACCCAAUCAAAACGAAUCGAAACAAACAGUUGGCGGUGGAAUACGGAAUCGGUAGGAGCAAUUGACUUUUUUUCUCUUCGUUUUCAGUAGGUUUUGUGUAGAAACAACAUGAGACAGAAACAAGAACAAGAAAUUACGAUCGAAGCAAACCAUGCAAACAAGUCUUCUAGUAGAACUACCCUCUGACUUUAGUAAAAAGAGAGCGAAGAAAUAAACUAUUGAAAAUCACUCCCAGAUUUUUUGAAAGGAGGCAACCAUAUCUUAUAUAUACAUAACGGAAACAAUGCGACGGAAACGGUUGAAUAAAUAAACCAACCGCUGGAUCUGUAAGUAGGUGAAACUUUAUUAUUUUAAAUCGAACGUCCUUUCAUUAACUAUACAAACGAAAGUGUGACAAUUACGACUAGACUAACGGAGUGCGGAACAGUUUUUGUGACAUUCGGUUCCUGCGGAGAAAUUUUCAGAUGCGUUGAUACUACAACCAAUUAGAUACAAAAAAACCAAGCAGCAAAUGACGCGCACACUAGCACUCACACUUACACACAGUUUGAAUGAUAACGGAAGUAAUACCUUUUUAGGCAGAGUAAUCGCAGCAGGCUGGGCUAAUAUAGGUCAGCUGGUUGGAAACAGAAUAGCAUUAUAGGGACAGAGGUGCAAUUGAACCGUAGUAGGCGAGCUACAAUAUUUCAAAAAAUUAUUUUUGUACCUCUUUCCCGCGUUCGUUGGCAUGAUUGUUUACAACGGUAGAAUUUGUUUUUUGAUUUGUUCAUAUUUUUUAUUUUUAAAGUCAUAUUUCCGUUCGUCAAGUGAUCUAGUACAGAAAAAAAAAUCCUCGUCAUGGUGGGAACGAGGACACAGUGAGUAAAUUAAUUAUGGACUAAAAAUUUUGGUACAUUUUUCACUUCAAUCUUAGUUUUUUUUCGGUGACACCAUUUUGAUUCGAAUAUCCGGUUUCCACAAAUUCCGGACACUAUCGACAUUAGCAUCCAAAUAUAUUAACAAUUAAAGAAUGAAUGAAAACGAGUAGUAGGCUGGAAAAAAGUGUCAAGACAACGUUUUUCUUCGUGUCCACCAUGUUUGUCAAUAUUAUAUUUGCGCGUUGCAGUGAUUUGGUGAGUUGAAUGAAUUGAUAGGCUUCAGAAUCUACUGAAUCUUGGGAAGAAUGAUUCAUUUUUCUCAACAAUGAUGGUCGGAAAUUUAAAUCAUCAGUAAAAUAGUGUUCAUUAUUUAAUAUACGGAAGGGAAUUUGGCAGUCACUGAAGAAAUCAUUUUGUUCGAUUCGAGGAAAAUCGACAAAUGAAAUUCUCAGAGGAAAAUGAACUUAGAAAUUAUUAAUAGCGUGUCUGGAAUUUGAACCAAACUGUGAAUCAAGUUGAAGCAAAGCGAAACCUACACGAUUGCUUUUUUGGUGUAUACAUUUUUCUGUUCCGCCUAGAAGUGGUCCUGAACAGGUAUUGGAUUAUGUUUUUUUUUUAAAUUUUACCCUGGGUAAUCAGGAAGAUGAAAUUGAAGAGUGCUUCUACGGGUCCCAGGUUAGACUGAGUAUAACCCCAGCAGGCUGGUUCCAAAUCGACAUGAGAUCUGUUAACAGCCUCAUCAUUUUCUCUCCCUUCUUUUUUCACUCGCAAACAGUGUAAGCGUACCUAUUUUCUUUACGCCCAGUCCAAUCAAAAAUGUAAAUAUGAUCAAAAAACAGAAGCAGUACUAAAACAAUUAAACAAACAAUACACAGAAUAAUCAAAGUAAUUUAAAAUUAAAGCAAAUCAAAAAUAUAACAAUGAAAAGCGGCAACAAUGAGUCAAAAACACACACAUACACAUACACGUAAGUUACAAGUUUCGGUUGUGACUGCGUCAACCUCCUGGAAAGAUAUUUAGGAAAAA